UUUUCCUUCUUGGUUUUCAUGUCUUCCCUUUGAUGCAAGAUUUUUUUCAUGAGACCCAAACCAAGAAAUUCUUCACGUCCUAAGAUAUUUCAAUCACCAGCUGCAGCUGCUGCUGCAGCUUCUGUUACUGCUGCGUAUGCCCUCGCAAAGUCUGAAAAACUGGAUUUCUCCGAAACAGAGGAACCGAUUAAGUUAGUUGUGAAUAAAAAAGAUGUAUCAGUUGAACUUGAUGCGGUUAGGGAGGACAAGAAAGUGAUGGAGUUGUCACUUACCGAAGCCAGGCAAGAAAAUUCUAGGCUCAGAGAAAAGAUAGAAGAAGUCAACAAUACCCAUGCUGAGCUCUCAAAGGAACUUCUUUCCGUCCAAGGUCAAUUGGCUUCUGAGAGAUCAAGAUGCUUCAAACUGGAGGCACAAAUAGCGGAAUUGCAGAAGGUGUUGGAAUCCUUUCACUCAAUUGAAAGUGAGGUAGAAGUUCUUCGAAAGCAAAAGUCUGCACUAGAACAGGAUAUGGAGCAUGCUGCAGCUGCCACAAGACAAGGUUCCGGCGGCUUGUUGAGCUGGUUGUCCGGGGCUCCACGAAGUUCAUGAAGUCUCAAGGGGCUAGUGCUCCAGAUUCGGAUCAUGUUAUGACUCAUUGUUUGUAUGGUAUCUUGAGCAACUGCAGUACAACAAUACAGAGAUCGGAUCUUUGCUAGGUCAAGCUCGUAGAUGUUCUGAAGAUCUGUGGUUUUUACAUCUACCCAACAAUAUAAAUGGGCAAAUCUCAGAGUAUUUGGCAUUACUGAUGGGAGAAAUUCCUGAGGGGCUGAAGAUGGAUGGCCAAGGUUCUAGUCUUCUGCCUUCAGAUGAUCCCAUUCUCGUAAAAAUUCAUUUGGAUGGCAUAUGAGGUUGCUUUCUGGAAUCUUUUUGCUGUUCUCUGUUCUGGUGCUACAUCUCCCAUCUCUGCAAUCUGGAAAUAUAUGUUCUCAUUACAAUCAGAUCCAGUGACUCAUUCAUUUGAAUUGGGAGAUUGUCCUUGUUUGUCAUGGAUUCCCGUUUUGUCCUGGAUCAUGCUGUAUUUUGUUGUUCCUUUCGAGAAAUUUUACAGAUUCACCUA